UCUUGUUAAAGCAGAAUUUUUAUAAAAUUAGUAUUUUGAAAGCUGGUACAUAUUAGUAUAAUUAAUGUCGAUUGUAUGAAGAAAUAGAUAUUUGUAGAAGAUUUGCGAAACAACAUAAAGAUGCAUUUUAUUUCCUUGCCUUCAUUAUUUAUGUUAACCUUAUUAGUGGUGUCACAUUUACAGUAUACAGAUGCCAUUGGUGUUAUGUCAAUUGAUCUCGGGUCAGAGUGGGUCAAAGUUGCCAUUGUCAAACCUGGGGUGCCCAUGGAAAUUGUAUUAAACAAAGAGUCGAAAAGGAAAACAGAAGUUGCUGUUUAUUUACGCAACGGGGAGCGAGAAUUUGGGAGCGCUGCUGUGGGGAAGGGAGUUCGAUUUCCGAAGAAUACUUACCUUUACCUGCAAGAACUCUUGGGGAAAAGCCUUGACCAUCCGAUGGUCCAACUUUAUCAGAAGCGAUUCCCGUACCAUCAUCUUAUGAAUGAUCCGGAAACUGGCACCGUGACUUUCCUCCACGACGCAGAGAAAGCCAUCAUGUAUUCACCCGAGGAAUUAAUGGCGAUGAUGUUGAAUCAUUCAAGGAACAUGGCAGAGGAAUAUGCACAACAACCAAUAGAUGCUUGUGUUCUUACUGUCCCUGCUUAUUUCAACCAAGCUGAAAGAAAGUCCCUUCUAUACGCUGCAGACCUUGCUGGGUUGAAGAUUGCCCAACUUAUGGAUGAUAACACAGCAGCUGCAUUAAACUACGGUGUGUUCCGGCGCAAUGAUAUAAACACAACAGCGACUUACAUGAUGUUCUACGACAUGGGCGCUAGCAGCACAAUUGCCACUAUUAUAUCUUACCAAGUUGUGAAAGUGAACGGGGUAGCUGACCCCCAACUAUCGGUGAAGGGUGUCGGGUUCGAUCGAACUUUGGGUGGAUUGGAGAUGGAGCUAAGGCUGAGGGAUCUACUUGUUAAGUUGUUUAACGAGAAGAAGAAGACGAGUAGUGAUGUCACAAAGAACCCUCGUUCGAUGGCCAAGUUAUUGAAGGAAGCACGAAGAUUGAAGAAAGUAUUGAGCGCUAAUGUUGACCACAUGGCACAGGUGGAAGGAUUAAUCGACGACGAAGAUUUCCGUGCGAAAGUAACGAGGGAGGAUUUUGAAUCGUUGUGCGAGGAUUUGUGGGCGAGGGUCGCGCAACCCAUGAAGGACGCCAUCGAGGCCUCGGAGCUUACUAUGGAUUUAAUGAACCAGAUUCUCUUAGUUGGAGGAGGAACUCGGGUUCCUAAGGUUCAAGAAAUCUUGUUGAAAGAAUCCGGAAAAGCUGACCUUGGUAAAAGCAUCAACGCCGACGAAGCUCCAGCGUUGGGAGCUUCCUAUCAAGCAGCUGCUGCUUCUAAUGUUUUCAGAGUUAAAACUUUCCAUGUCAAGUCAGGAGCAGUUUAUCCUAUUGAGAUUGAGUUCGAUCGUCGCACCACCUCUGAUGACGGAAGCGAAAACGUGAAACAAGUUAAGCGAACAUUGUUUCAACGAAACAAUCCUUAUCCUCAACGUAAAGUCAUCACCUUUAACAGAUUUUAUGAAGAUUUCAACUUCAGCGUAAAUUACGGAGAUCUAAGUUUCAUCACAAAUGAGAAAGAGAGAUUUGAUCGAAGUAUAUCACAAGUGUCGCUAACAGGGGUGGCUGAAGCUCAUGCCAAAUAUGGGGAGGAUAAUGACACGGAGUCAAAAGGGGUGAAGGCUCAUUUUAGAAUGGAUGAGAGCGGGGUCCUUAACCUAGAAAGUGUUGAAUCAGUUUACGAGGUGAAUAAAACCGUGGAAGCGAACGUUACUGAUACACAAGACGAAGAUUCAACUUUGCAAAAAAUUAAAGAUGGCCUUUCUAACUUGUUUGGUGGAUCCGAUUCAUCUAACUCAACUGAAUCAGAAAAAUCAGAUUCUGAUAAAAAAACAGAAGAGGAAAAAACAAAAGAAAAAAAAUCUGAUGAAUCGAAACCGGAAGUUGACGAGAAAACAAAAACUAACGAGAAAAAUGAAACCAAGACGGAGAAGAGAUUUAUCAAAGUAAAGAAGUCGUUCACCCUCGGGAUGAACGUUUCAAGCAUUGAUCAUGAGGAGCCGUCGGCCGUUCAUAAACAUAUGUCAAGUGAAAAAUUGAACGAAUUAUCAGCACGAGAUGCGUUGAAACUCGCACGAGAAGUCGCCAUCAACAAACUUGAGUCGUAUAUUUACGAUAAACGUGAUAAACUUUACCAGGAGGAAUAUGAACAUGCGUUGACCAAUGAGGAGAAAGAAUCGAUAACAGCUGCUUUAACGGAGGCUUCUGAUUGGAUGGAUGAAUUGGAGGGAGAACCUGCACCUGAGGUGUUUAACGAUAAACGACAAGCAUUAAAAGAUCUUGCACGACCGUGGUUGAUGAGAGUCAAGUUACGACAAGAUGUUGUUCCACUUAUGGAGGAUUUAGAAAGCAGUUUCAAUUAUUCCAUGCAUUUCCUGCAAGCUGUGCUAGCUCUACCAGAAGAAGCACAAAUCUACACACCUGUGGAAAUUAAAACCCUUACGGAUCUCCUCUCAGAAACUAUUACUUGGAAAAACGAAACUGUGAAAGCUGAGUCUAAACUUCAACCGAACGAGGACCCCGUGCUUAAACCUGAUGAUGUUCGGCAGAAGAUGUUUGAACUUAAUAGAGAGAUGCAAUAUUUAAUCAACAAGGCAAAGACAGCAAAACCAAAGAAACCAAAAUCUGAAUCGAAGAAAAAUGAAACAAAACCAACAACAGAUGAAACCAUAGAAACAACAAACAAAACAGUUGAAGACACUGCAGAUAAAACCGACCAAUCAGAAUCGAAUACCGAGGAACAAUCAACCAAUGAGAAAGCGGGAACUAAAGGUUUAAAAAAUGCAGGUGAAGCAGAAGCCGUCACUCCACAAACCUCAACAGAAACAUCAACAACAACGGAAGAGACAACAACCAAGAAACAAACAGAAGACGAUAAAGAAGAAUUGUAACAUUAACGUUAUAAUAAACAACGGUGCAAUCUCGUUAACAUAGAUUUAAAGUUCCCAGUUUUGCACGAAAAUGCUGCUUGGGCCAAGUUUACCAUUUAAAUUAAGUAUUCGUGUGUUCACUGAGUUUUCAGCGGGCAACACUGUGACAUAUUUCCAGUGAUGCCGUGUUCGUUGUUGUUUUUGCAGUUGCCGUUGUGAAAAUCAUUCCUGUAACCCAAACGUUUCUGUUUAGAUGAAUUUAUAAACCAGCAAAAAACUUUGA